UCUGUAUUGAAAAUGUCAAUAAGUCAUAAGUAUUAUUUUUAUUUCGAGGUUGUUUUAAUUAUAAUAUUUCUUUCUUAAUAAAUAUAUGGCAUUUGAAAAUAUCUAGUGUAACCUAAUGUAUUCAAUUUAAUGAAACAUAUAAUAUAACAAAUGAACUUACCCGUUUAUUCCCAGUGUUAUGGAACUUCGUAAUGGAUAACGUAACAGAAAAAUUACUCCAAUGUUUUGGUUACAGAAAGUUCAAAAGUGAACUUCAAGAAAGAGCUGUGAGGGCAAUUGCAAGAGGGGUCCAUGAUGUAUAUGUUUCAAUGCCCACUGGUUCAGGGAAGUCUUUAUGCUUCCAAUUACCAGCAAUGUUGCAGGACAAUAAAGUGGCCAUUGUAUUUUCCCCCCUAUUAGCUUUAAUUAAAGAUCAGAUUGAUCACUUAACAAGGUUUAAGAUCCCAGCUGAAUCAAUAAACUCUAAAAUGACAUCAAAAGAUAGAGAUAGAGUUUUGAAUGACUUACACAGCAUGAAACCAACCACAAGGUUUUUAUAUGUAACACCCGAGCAAGCAGCUACUGGCACUUUUAAAGCUCUCAUAGAGCAUCUAGUCAAGUAUAAAAAAGUUUCAUAUAUAGUUGUUGAUGAGGCCCACUGUGUCAGUGAAUGGGGUCAUGAUUUCCGACCUGAUUAUUUAAAAUUAGGUAAUUUGCGUGAAAAGUUUAAGAGCAUUCCAUGGGUCGCUCUCACGGCUACUGCGAGUGCUGAAGUCACAAAAGAUAUAAUGGCAAACCUUAAGUUUUUGCAGCCAGUAGCACAAUACAAAACACCUAGUUUUAGAAGGAAUCUCUACUAUGAUGUAGUGUAUCAAAAUUGUAUACAGGAUGAAAUUGGAGAUCUGGUAGAUUUUCUAAAGAAAAACUUAAAAGAUGAUGACAAUGUGAAAUUGAAAGACAGAAGUGCAGCUAUUGUAUAUUGUCGAACACGGGAACAAACAGAAGAUAUAUCGAGCAUGUUAACAAAAAGAGGUUUUAAGGCAUUAGCUUAUCAUGGAGGAUUAAAAACGUCAGAACGCGUAUCAGUUCAAGAGCAAUGGUCAAAUGGUGAAUGUCCUUGCGUGUGCGCCACUGUAUCCUUUGGAAUGGGUGUGGAUAAGGCAACUGUACGUGUCGUGGUCCAUUGGGGUCUGCCGCAGAAUGUUGCUGCUUACUAUCAAGAAUCAGGAAGAGCGGGACGAGACGGCAAACCGGCAUUUUGCCGGAUUUACUACUGUCGAAGUGAACGAAAUGCCGUAGAUUUCUUACUUAAAUCCGAGAUGGGUCGUUCCAAGACCCCCGAGCAGAAACAAAGAUGUAAAAACGCUUACAAGAGUUUCGAAAUCAUGGUGAAAUAUUGCGAGGAAGUAAGGUGCCGCCACAAAACAUUCGCGGACUACUUCGGCGAGCAGGCGCCCAAGUGCGGCGCGCGCUGCGACGCGUGCGCCGACCCGCGCGCCGUGCAGCGCGCGCUCGACCAGCACCUGCGCCGCGCCAUGAGCGCCACGCUCGGCCAGCGGGGCCUCGUCACGCACACCGACUCCUCCGACCUGUACGGGGAGGGCCGGCUGGGGCAGAUGAGGGAGGCGGAGUCGUACUACGGGGAAAAAAGUGGGGACGACUCGGACGACGAGAGUAGUCGACGUCGCGUCGCGGAAGAGACUAAGUCUCUCAUACUGCAAGAGUUUGCCAAGAGAAAAAAGGACCUGGAAAAAAAUAAAAAUACCGAAACUGAAUCCGCAAAAUAUUCUAAAUGCAAAGCGGCUGACAGUACGGUAACGAAAGUUAAUGGACUAACAGUGGCAGGACGCGAGAGUUAUCUUGCCCUACUUACAGAUGCAUUAAGAAAUAAUCUUAAAAAUUCAAAAGGUAUCGAUAAAACGGAUAAAAAUCUUUCGGGGCGAGAUGUUGAACAAUGCGCAAUAGAAAUGGAGUAUGAAGCAUUUUCAAGUAGUACUGUAGCUAGUCUGUACAGGCGAGCGAUGGCAAAAGUGAUAUCAUCUGUUAAAUCUUGUAAGGACAGUUUAUAUCCAGAUCUUAAAAAUUUUGAACCCAAAAAAAGUCAUACGCUGGGCGAAUUUAUAAAGGACUAUGAAAAGAAUCGCGCUGAUCAAAAAUAUCACGGUUUUAUAUCUGCAUCAGAAUUAGAAAGUCGUGAUAAAGAAAGCAAAAAUGAUCAAAAAACACUGUCUAAAGCUGACAAAGACACUAAAAGAAAAGCAAACUCCUUUAAAAGGGACCCUUUAACACAAACAAAGCUAAAAAACUUCUUUUCUUCAAAAACAUCACAAGAAUCUCCUAGCCUACCCUCAGAUGAUAGCGAAGAUGAAAGAGGACUUGUUAUAGCAGAAAAUGAGAGUCCAAAACAUUGUGAUUCUACAUUUAAGUUAGAGGAAAUUGACGAUACAAAUAAUGUUGAAGACAAUGACAAAACGCUCCAAUUAGACACAGUAGCCGAAGAUCACAAUUCAGAUGCAAAUAUGAAAACUAAAACCUUGUACAUAAAUAUAACUUUACAGGGUAUACCUAAAAAUGGAUCAGAUACUAAAAACAAAGUGGAUGAAGAUAUUGAUACAAAAAUCGAAAAAAAAAUUAAACACGUAUCUUCUGAAAAACCAACUCCAAUAGCUAAAAGAAAAAUCAAAGCACUUUUUGGUGAGUCGUCUGACAGUGAAAUCGAGCCAAAUGAUAUUAAAAAACGUAAGAUUUCUAAAGAAAAAUGCGUAUCUCAUAAGUCAGAGAAGAAGAAAAACGAGAAAUCAAAGACUGAAAAGUCUAAGAAGAAACAUAAACGUAAAAAGUCUCAUCAAAAUGACGAAAAAAGCUCUGACAAUAACGACAGUACUGGUAAGGAUAGUGCUUUUGAAGAGACACUUAUUUUAGAUGAUGCAACAAGUGCAGCGACAUGUACAGAAUCUCAAAGUAACCAAAAUAAUGUUAAUAAUAAUAUGGAAGAAUACCUUGAAUCACACAAUUCAUCUGAUUCAAUGAAUGAUGAUACCAAAUCAACUGAUGUAAAUAACGUAAAAUUUGUUGAUGAGAAGUCUAUAGUUAAAGCACAUAAAUUAAGUUUGGAAGCAGAUAAGGUAUUACAGGAGCUAAAACAUUUCUCGGAAAUAAAAUCUGAACCAGAAGUAGCGGUCCCAAUUAAUAUUGUUGCUGCUGCCGCUAAUGAUUCUAAAGUAUGUGAAUCUAAAAAUACAGUUGUGAUCACAAAAUCUCCAACAAAACACGGAACUAAAGAAAAGCAUGCACCAAAGUUAACUGAUGAUUUAAAAUAUAUUAAAAUACACAAUAAACAAGAGAUAAGAGAACAUAGUAAAAGUAAGGAAAAAAGGGACAAAGACAUAUCUAAAAAGAUACAUUACUCUAAACACAAAGAAAAGAAAGCGGAAAAAGUGGACGUUGCCAGUUUAGUUGUUAAACUGUUGAUGCCAUAUUACAAGAAGAAAAAGAUCAGCAAUCGCGAUUUGUUUAAGAUUACUGCCAGGCACAUUGUUCACCAAUUACUUGCUAUACAAGUAACUGAGGAAGCGGCGAUUAAUAUGAUAUUGAAAAAAACAUUCAGCAAAGUGACCAUUGAAAAGGAAAGUGAUUUAGAAGCAAAGUUAAACUUAAGUAAUAACACAUAAUUUAUUCAAUGUAUCUUGUUUAUAUUUAAUGUUUA